AUGGUGCUGUUAAGCCGUUCCUAUGCUGUAGGAUAUCCAUUGACAUUCAACAACCCCUCAAAGCUGAAGUCACGAUUCAGAGACGCUCAGCCUCCUUUUUUUCUCACUUGCGUCUACGGGGAUCCAGUGAAAGCAGCAAGACAGCAAGUAUGGGAUACAAUCACUGAAUUUGGACACAUUAAAGCAGAUAAUUGGAUCUAUCUGUGGGACUUUAACUCUUACCUUGCCUGGCAUGAGAAGAAAGGGGGUAAUAGAAAGAAUUUCAAAGAUAUUUCCCAAUUCCAAACUAUGCUUGACAGGUGCCAGCUAUUGGAUAUCGGAGCUCAUGGUCCCACUUAUACGUGGAACAAUCAUCGAGCCGGGAGGGAUAAUAUCAUAAUUAGACUGGAUAGAGUUUUGGCUAAUCAGGCCUGGCGCAAUGCCUAUUUGGAAGCCAUUGUCACGGUUCAAGGCUCCACAGGGUCCGAUCACCUCCCUCUUUGCCUGGACUCGGAAGGAGGUAGAUCCUCGGGUAUGCGCCCCUUUCGAUUUGACAGUAUGUGGUUCACGCAUCUUGAUUGUCAAAAUGCGGCUACAAAAGCAUGGACCAUUCCUAUGGUCUCCGUAGCUACUAGAAAAUUGAAGAUGAAAACAGAGAAUUGCAAAGUGGUUUUCAGGGAGUGGAAUCGAGAUAUUUUUGGCAAUGUGCACCGGAAGAUUGAAUCCCUUCUCCAUGAACUUCAGCGUAUUCAACGAGACCCUUCCCCAGACAAUCAGCAGAGGGAAUUAGAGAUUCAUCAAUUGCUUGAAAUUGAAUACAAUAGAGAGGAACUCAUGUGGUAG